AUGCAGGAUCGAUGCCAUCAAAGUUUGUCUCUGCACGUGCAGCGCUGCUUGCUGAAGCACUGUCCAAGCAUGGCGUUAGGCCGUCUUCCACUGGUGCGGCGAUGCGGUUUUGCGCCACACUGCUGCAGUUUUGUUUCCCUCCGGCACUGCUACACAACUCCCGUCACUGCUGCGACAGGCAGCAGGGGUGAAAGCAAAAGUGCUUGCCAUGCGGCUGAGAGUGGCGUGCCCAAAACUCCAUCGAUCAUUUUCUUUGGUGGGGACAUUGUUUCGCUUGUCGCACUCAAAAUGCUGCGUGAGCAGCUGGAAUGCAUUUGGGCAGCAGAAGCCACUACCACCCCCAAUGUGGGAUCAAGUCCUGCCGGCAAACCAUGCCUGACGAAGACUGCCGAGGGAAAACAGCAGUUGGUUGUGGUGUGUCCUUUUUUGCCUGCUGAUCCCAGUGACAUUUUUCAACAUCACCACCGACAAUACCCUGUAGCGCGCUACUGUGUCGAGCACGCCAUACCACUGUUACCAGUUGACCACCCAACAUCGCUGGCACGGAGUGGGACGUUGCGGCAUAUUCUUUGCCCUUGGAAUGCAGGUGAGCAGAGCACUGGUGCGGCGAAGGAUAAGAAGGGAGAGGCGGAAGGUGAAUACAUCUUGGGCCAGCCAUUGGAGGCAUUUGACGUCGCUGUCGUGGUGUCUUUUCGUUAUUUUCUUCCAAAGAAGUUAUUGGAGCGGCUGCCGCGCACUGUUAAUCUCCAUCCAUCGCUGCUUCCUCGUUAUAGGGGAGCGAGCCCUAUUUUUGCCCCGCUGCUUCGUGGUGAUGAUGCGGGUGGGACGAGUCUCAUCAAACUAUCGCUAGAUCGGCCACUGAUGGAUUCAGGAGACAUUCUAUGGCAGCAGUCUGUGCCGAUUCCACAUGACAUGACGAUCCGUGAGUAUCUUCCUCUUGUAACAAAGCUGGGAGCUACAGGACUGUGUGAAUGUCUUUUUGGCGAACCCUCUGCAUCGGUGCCAGCUCCGGACUUGCACAGGGUGGGGAGCGCGGCUGAUGCGGUCACUGAGGCUUCGGUAACUCGGGCUUGUGACUGGCCCCGAACCUUUGAUGCCCGCUGGGCUUCCGCGUGGCCACAGAAUUAUGAUGUACACUUUACGCGGGACCCAUACCACGCCCCGGUCCUCACGAAGGACAGGGUCAUUAUUCGUUGGCACGCCAUGACAGCAGAGGAGGCGUACGGGACAUGGCGGGCCUUUGUGGGUGGUGAAUACCACACCCCAACUGUUAACGCCACACUCGACAAGGGCGCAACACCUGUGCGGGAGCAGUUGCUGGAGAGGUUGCGGACUCGAGCGGCACGAGAGAUGAAAAAGAAAAGUCGUAUUCAUCAGCAAUGUGAUGAUGGGGUAGCAACGAUCAGAGGCACAGACGAACGGGAGAGUGAUUUGGGGAGUCUUUUGGAAAGGGUCGGUGCGACGAAAGAAAAGUUUGUGGGGACGGAGAAGCCGGAGGUGAUGACGUCGACGGCGGAAGUUUUCCACCACCACCACCCUUUCCAACAACAUCUUCUUGUCGGUUGCACUUUUACAGAUGCUUUGCAUCCGAGAGACAUCCCCACUGCCGUUGUACAAGAGCUGCAACAGCUGGAAGAGGGAAGGGUUGCUGUGAGAGUACAGGCCGGGUCCCAAGAACAUCAACAGCAGCAGCAACAUUGCGUGGAUGUUCGUAUUGAACCUGGCAGUGCAUAUUUCCCGAGGAAAGUGGAGGAUAUGUGUGCGGUGAAAUGUCGUGAGGGAUGGUUUGUAUGGAGGGCCGCGGCAUUGAAGGGGUCUACCGCACAGUCGGCGGGUUUACUUCGUAAAGGCAUGGCAAUGAAAACUGGCGUGCUGUAUACUGCCAUAUUCGUGGAAAGUGCCACCGGAGAGAAGGAGCGUCCUGCUGUGCGGGGAUAA